UUCCUAUGGAGUCUCAUGAUGCUUAGGAAGACAAGGGGUGGACCGGGUGGUUUAGCUGUCUGUAAAACGGCGCCCUCCGACCUGGGAUGUGCACCGAAGCUUGGAGGACUCCCAUCCUCAAACUUCAGGCUGGCAGCAGACAUUUUUUGAUCUGUUCUCCUGAAAGAGGAAUGUGAAGAAACCCAGAAGAAUUGCUUAGUAAAGAAUCAGAAAUUUAAAACAAAAAUGUGAGAGAUGUAUAUACACAAGAACUGCAAUACACACAGUAGGAGCAAUCAAGGACAAAGGAGGUGGCCAAAAAAUAGGUUGGAUUGAAACUUUUCAAAAGAAAGUAUUCAGAGGAAGAGUGUCCUAAAGGGGCAGAGGCCAAAGAGGAUUCAGACAGUUGACUGCAGCCCAUCCUAGAUGCGUUUCUUUCUCGGACUAUGCUUCCAACUCAAGACAAUUGCUGCUGCCACCUGGAGAUUCUCAGCCAACUUGGAAACAAAACUGGGAUUUGGUUUCUAAGAAUGCUAUUUCUAUGCAAUGCUGUAAGAAGAAGAAGGAAAAAUAGAGAGGCUGAAGACACAGAGGGGAGAAGCAUAAAUGAAGUGACCGGAGGGCAUGGGAUCCAGGAAGAGAAGCUGGACUUAGAAGAAAAGAGGCACCCCUCACCCAGACGAAUGAGGUUUACCUUCUAGAGUCUGACAAUGCUCCCACCACAGGAAAAAUCCAUGGAGGAAGUCUGCCAGCCCGCAAAGAUGAAAUGCCUCAAAGGUAUCACCAAGUGGGCCUUAGAAUCUGGGUAAAAACCUUGGGGGUGCAUAGACUUGCUCCACUGUUUCAGUGGAUGGACAUGGACCUGGGUGUCUGGAAUUGCUGGGAGUGAUUCCCAAACUCUUCUACUUGCUAGCUACAUCACACUGGGUGACUGAGAUCACUUUUCUAGGUCCUAUUUUUCCUCACCUGCAUUGUGAAAUUAUCAAUAACUGCCUGUGUAAUUAUUGUGAGAAUCACACACAUACAUGUAAAGUAUCUGGCACACAGUAGUGCUACAUUUCAGUGGGUUGGAGCAGCUAGAACUUGGUUGACUCAGAAGGCACUGAAAACACUGUUGGCUGGGAGACAGGAGGUGAAGCUUGUGUGGGUACCUAAUGAGGCAAGUGAAGAGAGGAUGUGGAAAGCAAAGGUGUUUGGAACCUGCCAUAUCCCAUCAGCUAUAGUGGGGGAUGGUUAGGGGCCUCCUGGGGUUGCAAGGCUGAGCUGAACCCUUAAAACAGGAGGUGUUGUUUGAAAGUGGUGCUGGAGACAGCUUAUGAAAAGUGCUACUGAGAAGCAGCCUCUCUGGAUGAGACUCCUCACACCUGAGCUCCCAUCUACUUCCUCCUCAGGCCCCCAGGUGAACCAAGGCCCAGGCAAGUUCUUUGGCCCCUUGGCUCCUGAGGAAGAACUCGUGUCGGCCUCUCCACUGGAGGAAAAAGAGGAGGAGGUGCAAGAGGAGGAGGAGGAUCUGGAUCCAGAUAUAACCCCAGACCAGGAGGAAGAGGAAGAAGAGACCAGUCUCAGGGAUCCAGCUAUCCUCAGUGCUGUCCAUAACACCCAGAGAGGUCUUCUCCACUCCCCUGGAAUGAAGGCCCCUGGUGUGUUGGGGAUGGCACCUGCCUCCUUGCACUUCCUGUGGCAGACCCUGGACUACUUGUCACCAGUUCCUUUCCGGCCUACCUUUCCCAGUGCCAGCUCUCCCAUACGGCACUUUGGACCUCGACUGCUCUCGCCCGACCCAUCUCUCUUCUGCAGCCCACCGACCUCAUGGCCCCCUAGGUUCAGCCUUCACAGCCCUCUUGCCCGGCUCCACCCUUGGCACCAGUGGAUCCUGCAGCUGCAGCGACAUUGUCAGACGCCGAGUCCCCCAGUCAAGAAGCCUUGGUCUCAGCAGCCAGACCCCUGUGCUGACCUCAUGACCCGAAAAGAGAAGGACUGGGUGAUAAAAGUGCAGAUGGUUCAGCUGCAGAGUGAGAACCCCCACCUGGAUGACUAUUACUACCAGGAAUAUUAUCAGAAACUAGAGAAGAAGCAGGCAGAUGAAGAACUACUUGGGCAAAGGAGCAAAGUUGAGUCAUUCAAGCUGGUAACACCUUACAUUCAAAAAGCAGAGGCUUACGAGUCAGUGGUUCGAAUUGAGGGUUCCCUGGGCCAGGUAGCUGUAUCGACGUGUUUUAGCCCUCGCCGAGCUAUUGAUGCUGUACCCCAUGGAACUCAAGAGCAGGAGGCAGGAGCUGCAAGCAGUCAGAGGCUGCACGUGUUGUACCAGAUUGAGAAGAUGUUCCUUCAGUUACUAGAGAUAGAGGAGGGCCAGAGGGAUGGACUUUCACAGGCCUGCUACUCUGAGCAGCAAAGCAACCAGGUUGAGAAGAUCUUUGAGGCCUUAAAGAUUCAGGAGCAGAAUAAUCUGGAGGAGGCAGCAGAAGGCUUCCUGCAGGUACUUUCUGUGAGGAAGGGGAAAGCCCUAGUGGCCCGGCUGCUCCCCUUCCUGCCCCAAGAUCGAGCUGUUAGCCUCCUUCUGGCUGUCACCCACCACCUGCCCCUCCUGGUCAGGAGGGACAUGGCUGAUCAGGCCCUACAAAUGUUGUUCAAACCUCUCGGUAAAUGUAUUAGCCACUUGGCCUUCCAUGAACUCCUCCAAGGACUUCAGGGACUCAUGUUGCUUCCACCUGGCUCCUCAGAGCGACCAGUCACUGUGGUGCUUCAGAAUCAGUUUGGAAUUUCUUUGCUCUAUGCUUUGCUAAGUCAUGGAGAGCAGCUGGUAUCCCUGGAUUCUUCCCUAGAGGAACCCAAGAAUGACCAUUCAGCUUGGACAGACAUGGUGGUUCUGAUUGCCUGGGAGAUAGCCCAAAUGCCUACAGCCUCUCUGGCAGAACCCCUAGCUUUCCCCAGUAACCUUCUUCCCCUGUUCUGUCACCAUGUGGACAAACAAUUGGUACAGCAGCUGGAGGCUAGGAUGGAGUAAGUGAUGGCAUAAACAAGCCCAAUCUAGAUUCUGUCACUGACUUCUCUAAUUCUUUUAAACCAAGGGUAUGGAAGAUAACUUGCCUUUGGAAGUAGUUCUAGACAUUCUGGUAUUUACUGAGUAACCAUUCUGCCCCAAGUUAGGGCUUUUUGACCUUUCUUCAAACCUUUUAUUUACAGGUGCUUUGGUAAUUUAUCAUGCUAAGUUAUUUGAAGGCAAGAAUUAAUUUGAGAAACUGAAUUGUUCAUUCAGAAAAUACUUGAGGGACAACUGUUCCAAGAUCUAAGCUUGAAAAACAUGGAUGUCAUCUAUGUCCAUAGAAUUUACCAUUUGCUGGAAAUUGUCAGGUGUUAAAUCACAAAUACAAAUUGUAUUUGCAGUUAACACCUGUUCUCUUUUUAGGCUUAUCCCAAUCUACUGAUAUGGUUGUUCUGGAAUAUAUGUAUGUGGGAACAGUUUAACAUCAGACUCUGGAUGUAUGACCUAUCCACAGGAUCCAGAGUCUGAAGACAUCUCUUAUGCCUUAUAUAUUGGAGGACCAGACCAAAGCAUUUUCUUAUGCAUUUCUGAAAACCUGAAUGAUGUGCCUAAAAAGGCACGGCAUAAGGUAUCAUUAAAGAGAUAAUACAAUGAUGUGCUGGAACUUGUAAGUUAGGAGGCAUAAUAAAAGCCAUUUUAUGUGUGACUUCUCCAAGAGUGUCCUGAAUAAAAGGGACAAGGCCUUGUUACAUCUACCAAAGUAUGAUCUUGUAAAUUGCUCCAAUAUUGCCAUUUUCUUUUUAAGGAUAAAGUAUUGAGUAAGAGGGUUGGUUAUAAAUAUCUCCUUUAGGAUAUGAAAUGUUUGGUUUAACUUAAGAUCAUGCAUUCAUCAACAUCAAUGGAGUGCCUUUUAUGAACCAGGCACCAUUUUAGGUGGUGGGGUAACCAUGUUGAAGAAUGAAAAGUUUCUGCUCUUCUGAAGCUUACAUUCUGGUUGGACAGGGACUAAUACAAAAUACUUAAUGAUAAAUA